GCUGCUACCUGUGGACAGGGGAGGGGAGGGAAACAAAGCCGGCCCCCGAUCACAGAUUACGCUCGGCUUUGUCUCGCUCCGUUCCUCAUUGUGCCAAAGUUGAGAUCUCACAACAAACAGAGAAAGAAGACACUGAACUUCAGGCUCAGUUUCACAUUUCUGAGGACGAGCUUUUCAGAGCUCUUUAAUCUGGAAUGUGCCAAUAAAACCUCUUCAGUUACAGCCAGUACUUGUUGAAGCAAAGCAUCAUGGUCAACAGGAAGUCAGAGGUUCAGCGAAGGAUCGUGUCCAAAGACGGUCACAACAAUGUUCAGAUCGACAACGUGGAAGGAAUGGUCAAGCUCUACCUGCACGACAUCUGGACGACGGUGGUGGACAUGAAGUGGCGCUACAAACUCACUCUGUUUGCCUCCACCUUCGUCGCGACCUGGUUCAUCUUUGGAGUCUUCUAUUUCUUCAUCGGCAUGGGGAACGGAGAUUUUGACACUCUGCCCAAUUCUCCCACCCCCUGCGUGAUGCAUGUGAGUACUCUCACCGGAGCCUUCCUGUUCUCUCUGGAGUCGCAGACCACCAUAGGUUACGGUUUCCGGUAUAUCUCUGAAGAGUGUCCUCUGGCGAUCUUCACGCUGGUGGCUCAACUCGUCAUCACUGGUCUGGCUGAGAUCUUUGUCACCGGUGCCUUUCUGGCCAAACUGGCCCGACCCAAGAAGCGAGCAGAAACGAUAAAGUUCAGCCAGGUGGCGGUGAUCUGCAGGCACCAAGGCAAGCUGUGUCUGAUGGUGAGAGUGGCCAACAUGAGGAAGAGUCUGCUGAUCCAGUGCCAGCUCACGGGAAAGCUGUUUAAGUCCAAUGUGACAGAAGAAGGAGAGAAGACGCAGAUCCACCAGAGCUCUGUAGAUUUCUACAUGGACACCAGUGGAGACUGUCCGUUCCUGAUCCUCCCGCUGACCUUUUAUCACAUUAUUGACGAGAAGAGCCCAUUGGCAGGACUGACAGAAACCCUGAGCAACCGAAACUUUGAGCUGCUCAUAACGCUCAACGGCACCAUGGAGUCGACGGCGGCCACGUGCCAGAGCCGCACCUCGUACAUCCCUCAGGAGAUCCUGUGGGGCUACGAGUUCACGCCGGUGCUCUUCAGCUCCUCCAACUGCCGCUACGUUGUUGAUUUCAACUAUUUGACAAAAAUACAAGUGAGCAACGACCCCGCCUUCCCUGGCGGCAGCACAGGAAAGAUAUAACUGAAGCAAGACUGAGAGAAAAUUGUGGGUCCUGUGAUCUUACAUGUCAAAUGGAGCUCAUUGUUGAUGCCGGCUAUUUGCUGCUGGUGGUUUUGCCCUUUCAGCAGUUCAUGUGAUUUUGAUCAUUUCACACUCGACAUGGUACCUGGAGAUGUUUGACCAUUAGAACCAACCAGGGAGAAGUUUUGAACCUACAGAUUAUUUCAAUGAACUUUCUAUGUCCUAGUCAUAGUCUUAUGUCAGAAAAGACAAAAUCAGUUACUUACUCCUGGAGUUGUUUUGAUCAGAGGUUUCAAUCUUAGAGCAAAUAAGUAGAAGCAUAACAAAGGGAAACAAAGUUUUCAGAUAUGAAACUGAUACCCCAUCAUUUGAGUCGAUGUGUAUAAAACAGCUUACAGUUAGUAAAUCAAUAAAAAAGGGAACUUAUACAAAACGGAGGAUAUGAACUGUAGUUAUCACAUCAAUACUGUUUUAUAACCUAAAAAUGACAUGAUUUGGCUUCUUGUCAAUCCAAAUCUUCUAGCAAACUGUCCUUUGUUUCUUUACUAAUCUGAAUGCAAUAUAUCUUUUUCAAACUGUAAAUUCUAUCAUUUAAUAUUUUUUUCUGACCUGUAUGGCUGUUUGCUGAAAACCAGGUGAUUUAUUUUAUGAUAGCAUCAAAUAAAAAGUCUCUACAUGGUGCAAACAAGUGUGAUCAUGGGUAGGCUUAGGCCAGGGGGCCCAAAGUGGGUCCUGGAGGGCCGGCAUCCUGCGUGUUUUAGUUCUCUCCCUGGUUUAACAAACCUGGAUCAAAUGAUGGCUCAUUAGAGGCCUCAGAAGGACACUGACCUGCUGAAAUGGUUGAUACUACCACCAGCGAGAGAACUAAAACAUGCAGGAUGCCGGCCCUCCAGCGCCCACUUUGGGCCCCCUUAGGCUGAGUUCAACUUGUAUUCGAUUGUCAGAAUUUCUCUGAAUUCAAAUUCAAUGGCUGCUGUUCAAGUAAAACAAACAGAAAGAUGGAGAAAUAAUAAAUAAGCACUUUUCUGAUUGAUUCUAACUCAACAAAAAACAAAACAAUGUACAGCAUUUAUCUGUGGACACAUUGUUUUUGUAUUUGAACAGACAAAAUGGAGACAAAUAUGUUCUGAUUAGCUUGUAUUGCUAACUGGAGUUAGCCUGUUCCCUGAACACAAUUAACAAAUCUCUUAAGUUUUCUGAAUUGAAAUUCUGUUGUGUAAUGUUAUAUUUACAUGAGUAAGAAUAACAUUUUUAUAAAUGAAGUGAUUUCUAGAGCCAAGUGACUUUAAAAUGUGCCAUAACACUAAAAUCAGUGUGAUAUGCUGUGUGUUGGAAAGUUAAUUUCUGGGACAUUAAUAUUUCCCAGGAGACAGACGUAGAUUUACUGAGACAGACUUGAUGACUUCAGCCCUUUGUGACGACGUCAAUAAUGUCUGUUAUGUAAAUACCAAGACAAAUGGAACCAUUGUGUUUCUCAAAUAUGAUUCAAACUGUUUUAACACAAGAAAAAUAAUGCCCUCAGAUAUUCAAAAGUCGAGUUGUGUCUGUACAUUUCUUACACAGGAACCGAUCUACAGAACUGAAACUGAUAUUAAAACCAGACUGCAGUGAUCUGAUCAGAGAAACCAUGUUUCAGCUUCCAAUUGGUUAGCUACUUGUUAGCUUCCAAUG